ACGGGGACGGAAUGGGCGCACUUUGGGUAGUAUAGCCUCAAAUGAGUGAGUUUUGGGACUGACUGAAGCACACAUGCAAACCCCUCGCUUUAUUUGGAGCAAUUACUCGGGAGCAGAUGAGGAACAAACUCACUUCUUGUCCGGUUUUAUUCCGUGCUCCCCCUCCGGUUCAAAUUCAGUUUAAGCUGUGCGUGCGUGCGCGGGGACCUCCCGGGAAUCGAGGAAAAGCCGAGCAAAACUUGGGGAAAAUCACCGAAACGAGACAGUAAGGUUACAGAUGGGACUUUAUUCAUCGCUUCCUUAGAAAUAACAGGGACCCGGACUGGAUGUGCGUCAGUUCUGCGCUAGAUCAGCGCAGGGGUUGACUUUCAAAGGGAAAGAUAACGGUAAUUUGGACACUCCCACGAAUCCUACAAUGAGUGUAAAUCUUUUUUAGUCUAAAUCGCAUCUAUCUUUUACAGGAUUUAGAAAGCCUUCGCUGUAACUGGUGUUGUAAACUCUCGGAUGGACCCCCGUCUCUUGGAUUUAUUCACCUUUUGGAGCAAGGGGGAGCCGUGCGCCCGGGCUGCCAUGACAUAACGGGACAUUUGGGAAACCAGCGGCUCUGAACAUUUCUGGAAUGACCGGAUGAGAUGGGAGUUCAUUACUGAGCGAAGGACUUUAUCAUCCAUUCAUCUAUUCAAGGUCUGUGAGUUUAGUGUGCCUCUUUUCCCCUUUUUUAAACUCCAACCGAGAUCUUCAUUGUGGAGAUAUGGGAUGACUGGAGGCGGGGGUGCAGCUGAGGUGAGAUCCAGGCGAAGGACAAUGGUUGCGCCCGCAGCUGGCAUCCCUCUGCUGCCGAGGCGUCUGGUACUGAUGCUGCUCCUGCUGUCCUCCUCCGGAGAGGGACUCGUCCAGGUCUGCCCUGGCCCGCUGGCCUCCACCAGCGGCUGCAGCUGCGCGGAGGAUCGCCCCAAGGCGCACGGCGCACAGUCUGUGGGCAGAAGGGUGAGCUGCAGCAAGGAGGAGCUGCUUGAGCUUCCGGACUUCAGUUUGUUCCCCAACAGGACCGUCACUCUAAUACUGAGCCACAACAAAAUCCGAGUUCUGAGAAAUGGAUCCUUUAUUGGACUUAACUCCUUGGAAAAGCUGGAUCUGAAGCACAACCUAAUCAGCACCAUCAUGCCCGGAGCCUUCCAAGGCCUAUCCGAGCUUCGGAAGCUCGACCUGUCCAACAACCGCAUCGGCUGCCUGACUGCAGACAUGUUCCUGGGACUGACCAACCUCAGUAAACUGAACCUCUCUGGCAACAUCAUCUCAACCCUGGAUCAAGGGGUUUUUGAGGAGCUGCCUUCCCUCAAGCUAGUAAACUUCGAGUCAGACUACUUGGCCUGUGACUGUGGGCUGCGCUGGAUGCCGAGUUUCUUUCGCAGGCGCUCAGUGCGUGUGGGAGACGAAACCCUGUGUGCCUUCCCCAGGACCCUGAGGGGAAAGCCCCUGCAAAGACUGAGAGAAAGUCAGCUAAGCUGUGAUGGUCCACUGGAGCUGCACACCUUGUCGCUGCUGCCGUCCCAGCGUCAGGUCGUCUUCAGAGGCGACCGGCUGCCCUUCCACUGCACGGCUGCUUUGGUGGACAAGUUCACCAGCUUACACUGGCGUCACAAUGGUCAGGUGGUGACGUCUGAUCCCGAGAGAGGUGUCCAGCUAGAGGACAGUGUGGUGCACGAUUGCACCUUCAUCACCAGUGAGCUUAUACUAUUCAACGUUCACGUGGAGGCAAGCGGACAGUGGGAGUGUGUGGUUACUACUGGGCGGGGAAACACCUCUCGCACUGUUGAAAUCUUAGCGCUGGAGAACAGCGCCGCCUUCUGCCCAGAAGACAAAGUUAUUAACAACCGUGGGGAGUUCAGAUGGCCAAGAACUCUGGCUGGCAUUACCUCCCAUCAGUACUGUCUUCAGCAUCCCUACCCCUCCUUUUCUGUGGAGGUGGUAGCGGAGCAGAAAAAGGCCUCCCGAUACUGUGACCGAUCCGGAAAGUGGCUCGACGGCGACUACUCCAGCUGUCAGUACACCAACGGCAUCACGCGUGUCCUUCAUACCUUCAUCUUGACACCCAUCAAUGCAUCCAAUGCGGUGACUGUAGCCCAUCAAGUGCGGACGUACACGCUGGAGGUGGCUGGUUUCACUGACUCAAUGGAUGUGCUGUACAUCGCAAAGAUUAUGGAGAAGCUUAUGGAAUAUGUCAGACAGCUGCAACAGUUGUCAGAGGUGAUCGUUGAUAUAGGCAGCAACAUGAUGCAGGUGGAUGACCAGAUCCUUGCGCUUGCUCAGAGAGAGAAAAGCGCAUGCAGCUCCAUCGUCUACUCUCUGGAAACCUUAGCUUGGCCUCAGCUACAUGGUCGAUCUCAAGACUUCUCUAUGGUGUCUAAGAACAUAGUGAUUGAAGCCCACCUGAUCCGACCAGCCCACUACACUGGUAUAACCUGCACUGCAUAUUACCGUCGCGACAUGCCAGCGGGACGUCCAGGAGUGGAGGUAUCAGAGCCUGCUCCUCGACAACUUCUUCAUUUCCGCUGCAGCACAGGCUCCCAUAACACAUCCCUCAACAACUUUCCCCUGAAGAAUUCUGUAGCCCUGGCGUCUGUGACUCUUCCAGCCACUUUGUUUCCCCCGGAUGCUGCUGUGGACUGUAAGCUGCAGUUUGUGGCUUUCCGAACUGGAAGCUUUUUUCCUCUGCUGCCAAACUCAAGCAAUGCUGCUGAACAAUCCCGCAGACGAAGUGUCAACACUCCUGUCAUCUUUGUGGGCCUUGACGGCUGCACCAUGUGGAACUACUCUGAUCCCAUCUGGGUGUCUCUGCGCCACUUGACCCCGGGCACCGAUGCAGUGGCAGCCCAGUGGAGCCACACAGCACCAGGGAAGCAGGGAGGCUGGAGUCAGCAGGGCUGCCAGCUCGUUCGCAGCGACAGCAGCACUUCCACCAUGCGCUGCUCUGUGCUCGGCAACUAUGCCGUGCUGCAGGAAGUGCCAACCUUCCCCAACUCCAACUCAGUCUCUGUGACAGUGCUCCACCCUGUGGUCUACGCGUGCACUGCAGUGCUGCUUCUCUGCCUCUUCACCAUCAUCAUCACGCACAUCCUAUACCACAGCUCAAUACAGAUAUCAAGAAAAAGUUGGCACACCUUGCUGAAUACCUGUUUCCACAUCGCCAUGACAUCAGCUAUCUAUGCAGGAGGCAUAAGCCUAACUAGUUAUCCUCUAGUCUGUCAGGCAGUGGGCAUUGCCCUUCACUACUCUUCACUGUCCACGCUGCUGUGGAUCGGGGUCAGCGCCAGGGUCAUUUACAAAGAGGCAGUGUGGAGAACACCCCGACAGAUGGAGGGAGAGCCUUCCCCUCCACCUACUCAGCGACCUAUGCUCAGGUUCUAUUUAAUAGCCGACGGAGUUCCUCUAAUCAUUUGUGGAAUCACCGCGGCUGUCAAUGUCAACAACUAUGGAGACAAUAGCCCUUACUGCUGGCUGAUCUGGCGCUCAAGUCUCGGGUCUUUCUUUGUCCCUGCUGGUUUAGUGGUGUUGGUGACUUGGAUUUAUUUCCUGUGCACCGUGUUUCCCCUAAGGCACCGUGUGUCCAAAGAAUGCACAGCAACCACCCUGUCCUCUCCAGGGACCGAGGGCCUUCCUGCAUUGGCAGGAAGCACCAGCCUGCUCUCCACGGACUCAGCGGGGAGACCCAUAACCCCAGCCGUGCCUCCAGAGGAUCAGUACUCGCUGAAGACACAGUUCUCCGUGCUGGUAGCCACCCACUUCCUGUUUGUGGCCCUUUGGUGUUGUGGAGCCAUGGCAGUGUGGCUAACAGGACGCACGAGCUUGCUGUUCAGCUGUCUCUACGGGAUAGUUGCCACAGUUCUGGGGGUGUUUCUGGUGGUGCACUACUGCUUCCGAAGGCGCGACGUGCAGGCGUCGUGGCUGGGCCGCUGCCCGGGCUACCGUCGCUCCCACCCCAUGUCCACCUACACAAACAACACCUGCACCACCGGAACCGGAGUGCAGACAUGCGAGCAAGGGUCCCAGCUCUUCAUCAACUCCCAUCCACCCGCUGACUCUCACAACUCGUCCUCAGCCAGGUCCUCGUCCACGCCGAGCGGCAUCAGCAGCGUGGGACCUGGGCCGUGCAAGCUCACAAACUUGUUGCAGGUGGCGCAGGAUAAUCCAAGCAACACGGCGCGAGUCCCUACGGGCAACAACACCAGCACCAGCACAGACAACAUCACAAAGCCAACAAACAACAUUCUUCUCCCCUCCAUUAACUCUUCGGCCCCAGUGCAUCCCCAGAGAAGAAAAGUCAGUAGCAGAACUAAACAAGGGAGUAGUCAGCAUUACCAUCGAGGUGAGGGCAGAGGUCACUACCGCCUGAAAGCUCUGAGGUCUGCUGGAGGGGGCGGCAGUCUCGGAGCUUUGGGGCCGACGGGUUCGGAGCACUUCAAUUCGUCGCACGGUGUUUACAAGCAGGCCACCAGCGAGAACGGCAGCAUCCACCACAGUCUCUCAGAGAACCAGGCGAGCCUGCUGACGAACGGAAAGCGGGCGGGGGAGUCGGCAGCCACCAGCCCCUCCGAGGGGAGCGACGGGGGCAGCAGCGGAGGCCGCAAGCCCUUCCCUCUGCCGCCCUCUGCUGCCAGCAGAGUGGCCAUGCACGGCACUCAGAGACGAUGCUCCAGCAGAGACAACUUGAAAGUGGCAGCGGCAUCUGCGGAGCGAGAGACAAAGCGCUGUUCUUAUCCUUUGAACUGUGCGCCCACCACCGUGCCGGGGGCCGCUGCUCCGAACGGCACCCUGAAAACCUCGGUGCUCGAGCUCGAGCAGGACAUGAGUGGCACAGACCAAUCACAGAGUUCUGUGGGAAUGAAGACUGGUUUGUGGAAAAGUGAAACCACAGUAUGAGUUUCGGUGGACGUCUACGCAUGACCUUAAUGAAAUGGUUAUGUUUUAAUGUUCCCAUAACAAUUAUAUAAUUUAAGAUAUUACACAUAAAGGCAUCCAGGACCCUAAACUGGUACUCUUGCCUCUGUCGCAUUGUAAGUUUGAUGUGAAAUAUUAAUGCAGUUUCUGUUAUUGUCAUGUUCAAGCAUACGCAUUUAUUUUAAUCACUUUACGAAAAAUGUGUACAAGAUUGUUUUUUUUUGUCAUAUGAUGUUGUAUUUGGAUGCCUAAUGAAAGCUUUAUUGUUUUAGUUGUAAAUUUCCUAUGCAAAUGAACUAUAGCAUAACAAGGAGUGCAAGCCGUCUGUUUCCAAAUCACAUCUAUAUGCAUUUAAUCUGAGGGCAACUUUUGACACUUAUGUUAUUGCCUAUGCUCCUGUAUGCACUUGUAUGUUUGCAGUUGUGUGUGUGUAUGUGUGCACGUGUGUGUAUGUGUGCACGUGUGUGUGCAUGUGUGUGUGUGUGUGAGCAGUGUAUGAGUGUUGCUUUACAAUCUCAGAGUGAAUUAAAAUUGUGGGAAAAUUGA